CCCGUUGGGCAGCUUGUGCUGUCAAUCUCUGAGUAAGGUCAUGGUCCUCAAAGUGGGAACGUUGUGUGAAACGAAGCCUGUUCUACAGAGCUGCCGAUGAUGGAAUUUUCAAGCAGCGAGGAAGGAGACCGACACUAGGAUUUGAUGUGUUGAAAAUAAAUUUUGGCAUCGAUAUAUUUUCAUCUUUACAACCUGUCUGUUUUUAAUUUCGAUAACUUCAGUGGACGGGAUGUAAGACAGUCCACAAUCAACUACAAGCCACCUGGUGAGAAGCCAGAAAAAGAAAUGGCAUUUCGUAAGAUUGUUGGAGGAGCAAUUUUUCUUGGGGGUGGUACCCUGACAAUUUUAGGUGCCUCCCACAUAAUAGACUACUGGUCAUAUCAGGCUCGCCUUUCUUGUGUUCAAGCAUCAGAACAAUUGAAUGGAAAAUAUAUUCAACAUCACAUGCCAUCAAGAGAUGUUCAACUGUACACCUUAAAGACAGUGAAGGAAUUUGAUAUCCUUGUUAUUGGGGGAGGGGCAACCGGAUCUGGAUGUGCCCUAGAUGCUGUUACUCGGGGUCUCAAAACUGCACUAAUAGAGAGAGAGGACUUUUCUUCUGGGACCAGUAGCAAAAGCACCAAGCUUAUCCAUGGAGGAGUGCGAUACCUACAGAAAGCAUUCAUGAACUUAGAUUUUGAACAGUAUAAACUAGUAAAGGAAGCACUCAUGGAACGUGCCAACUUACUCGAGAUUGCCCCGCAUAUUGCAAAACAGUUACCGAUCAUGCUCCCACUUUAUAGGUGGUGGCAGCUUCCUUAUUACUGGGCUGGGAUAAAGAUGUAUGAUUUUGUGGCUGGACGUCAAUGUUUGACAAACAGUUAUGUCCUUACCAAGUCGAGAGCUCUGGAACUUUUCCCCAUGCUGAAAAAAGAUAAGCUUGUAGGAGCUAUUGUUUACUAUGAUGGACAACACAAUGAUGCACGAAUGAACCUUACUAUCGCUCUGACUGCUGCCAGGUACGGUGCUGCCAUAGCCAAUUACGUUGAAGCUGUGAGCCUACUGAAAACCAGAGACCCAGACACUGAUAAAGAGUACGUAUGUGGAGCUAGGUGCAGGAAUGUUGAAACAGGGGAACUGUUUGAUGUGAAAGCCAAAUGUGUUAUCAAUGCUACAGGACCUUUCACAGAUUCAUUGCGUAAAAUGGAUGAUGAGAACGUGGAAAAAAUUUGUCAGCCUAGUUCUGGAGUGCACAUUGUCUUGCCUGGUUAUUAUAGCCCUGAAGCCAUGGGACUGCUUGACCCAGCAACUAGUGAUGGCAGAGUUAUAUUUUUCUUACCAUGGGAGAAAGUGGUCAUUGCAGGAACCACUGACACUCCAACAGAGAUUACAUCUAAGCCCAUACCCCAUGAGGAGGAGAUUAAUUUUAUUCUUCGAGAAAUACGGAAUUAUCUGAGCCCUGACGUCGAAGUAAGAAGAGGAGAUGUACUUGCAGCUUGGAGUGGCAUUCGUCCGCUGGUAUCUGAUCCCAACUCAAAGAAUACCCAGUCUAUCUCUCGCAAUCAUGUUGUGACAGUGACUGACAGCAGACUGGUGACUAUUGCAGGUGGUAAAUGGACCACUUAUCGUAAAAUGGCAGAAGACACGAUAGAUGUUGCUGUCAAAGCUUGUAACCUGGAUUUUGCAGAACCAUGCAAGACAGUUGGACUUCUACUGGAAGGAUCCCAUAAGUGGACUCCUACUCUUUACAUUACUUUGGUACAAUACUAUGGUCUAGGAUCUGAGGUUGCACAACAUCUUGCUUCUACUUAUGGGGACAAAGCAUUUCAGGUUGCCAGAUUGGCUCAAGUUACUGGAAAGAGGUGGCCUAUAGUUGGCAAGCGUUUGGUGGCUGAGUUCCCAUAUAUUGAAGCAGAGGUCAAAUAUGCUAUGAAAGAGUAUGCAUGUAGAGCUAUUGAUAUCCUCGCCCGCCGUACACGUCUUGCAUUUGUGAACGUGCAGGCUGCUGAAGAGGCCCUUCCACGCAUCAUAGAAAUAAUGGCUGGAGAAUUAAACUGGAGUGAGAAACGGAUGCAGGAUGAAUUGGCGGCUGUUCGAGACUUUCUGUACCAUGAAAUGGGCUACAAGGCUCGAUUUGAUCAACUAAAAAACACAGAAAUAAGCCUGUCACCUUUAGAAGUGGAUAAGUACACAAAAAGGUUUCAGAAAUUUGAUGAGGGUCAGAAGGGUUUUAUCACAAUGCCUGAUGUUCAACGUGUAUUAGAGAGUAUUGGUUAUCAGGUGCAUGAACAGACUCUCUAUGAAAUCUUACAUGAAGUUGACAUAAAUAAGAAUGGGCAGGUAGAACUAAUUGAAUUCUUACAGUUGAUGAGUGCAAUCCAGAAUGGCGCAAUAUCUGGAAAUAGGUUGGAUAUUUUGAUGAAAUCUGCGGAAGAGAAUCUGGUUAAUGAAGAGCCUAUUCCUGUGCACCGCAGUGGAGGAGGCUUGUGAGUCUUGCUCCCUAAAUUGGCUAAAGGAGAAAGCAAGAAUUUCUGUUGCUGAUACAACUGCUAACUCAAAGCUUGUUGCGGGACUUUUCUUUGCAUUAUUUAGGCUUUAUCCUGUUGAACAUACAAAGUGCAUGAAAUUCUGUGACUUCUGUCUCAACAUCUUUUCCUUUGGCCAUUGUAUUUCAUAGCAAUCUGAUUAUUGCAUUAUUUUAGUAAAUUAUUCAAAUAUAACAUCUUUAUAUUCAGUGUAAAUUUUGAUAAACUUUAAAAUCUUUUAUAUUUCAACAAAUGAGUUAAUGCAGUAUGGAAUAAUGGAUCAUUGUGCAACAUUUAUCCUCCAUCCUGCUUGUGAAGAGGGAGAGUAUAUGUCUGUGCCAAGGUGAUUGUAAAGUAACUUUAAAAAUGUCUUAAGGAUUUUGUUUGAAGAGCAUUCUCUUUGGGAAAUAAGUUCUCUCCAUUCUGCUCCUGGAAGAUGAGUUUUGAUAUAAUAUAAUCCAUUUGCACUGUCCAUUUCAGCUAUUUGUUUAUUGCACAACUUUGAUAACCCAAUGGCUUUAAAUAUUUCAUUUUGUAAUCAACAGUUUUCUCAUGCCAAAAUGGGGUUUAUCAAAGAAGACCGUACUUAUUCAUGUGUCCCACCUCCUAAUCUUCAAUUCUUCUUUCAUAAACUUUGGUUAGAAUUGAUGCAAGUAUAAUGUUUAAUAGUAGGUUUACAAGGAGUCACUGAUUUUUCUGGCUUAAUGGGCUAGAUUUUUGUCAUUGGCUUUGGAAUCAUGUUCAGCAGUUUGCUGAUAUUGUGUUCCUGAAGUCUAAGUGCAUGUCCUCACAUCUAUUAUUUUCAUCCUGUGGAAUUGGGGGCGGGUUGGAUGAGGACUGGAGUCAGGACCACGGCAAUCCUUUGCAGUCCCUGGGUAGGGACAGAGACAUAAUCAAAGGUCAUCUUCAUUCACUGACUAUUAGCUCAAUCUAUGGACGCCCAAAAGGCGUGACAACCUUCGCUCACCAUCCACUCUCACCAACACUUCAUGCACCCUCCAGUAUCUCCCAUGUCUGUUUCAUACAUUCAAAUCCCUGCCAUACCCUGUCAUAUCUCUAAUGCCUGCUUCAUGCUCCCACUGUUUCUGCUAUUGACACAACCGAUAAGCCUUCUAAUAACACUGGAAAAUCUUUAAAAUGAUUAUGAAAUUUGAAAGAAAAUCCAUUCAGACUCUAAACAGGAAUUAUAAUUUGUCCUGAAAAUACUCUCUACUCUAAAAUGCUGAUGAAUCUGUUGGCAUAAAUAUUUUUGAAAGCUUUUUUUUUAAUCUGUCCAAAAAUUGUCAGUUAAAAAAAGUCCCAAGCCCUCUUCACAGCUAUGUAAACAACUUCUGCUGAGCCUAAGUCUAUUUACUAUGGAUUGGAGCUCAGCCAUAUUGAGAUUCUAUUGGACAACUGAAUAAACAAAAUUUCCACAAAUAAACAAAUUUUUUUCAACCGCUUCAAUGUUCCAAUCAAAGAAGUCUGUUCACCUAUUUCAAAUACUCAACAAAUGUCUCAACUUUAAGUCAAUAUAAAUAUUAUGGCACAUUGUCCAGAUGACACAUUAAAAUCCAAUUUCCAGUACUUUUGACUGUAAAAGGGUAUUUUAACUACUGGACAAUUUGCUUGAAAACAUCUGAAUGCUGUCACAUCCCUAUUAAAGAGAGAGCCCUCGGAAAAAUCACUGCAAUAAAAAUAUACAUACAUUUCAUGCAUCAUUACAUUAGCACAUUUGAAGUUGUCAAAAGCUGUUGAACAUAUUAUCAAAUGGUUCCCAACUUUACCACGGGCUUCUCUAAGACACUCAACCAACUGAUCUAAUUUGUUUUACAAAGGCUCCACAGUCUGACCCACCUCACUGAGAAUAUCAAUAUUGAGGAAAUUCUCAAUUCAGCAGACAUUUAAAAGAUUGAUCGUGACUUCACGGUCGGGUUGUGUCGGGUUGUCACUUGCCACAUGUUCAGCACUGAUCAACGUGGAGGUAGACAGGAAUUGGGUGAGAAAUACGAUUUCAUCUGCCCAAUGUGUGUUUUCAUAAGUUGGCAAAAUCCAAAACUGAAUUGUAAAAACUGUUUCAUGUCACAACAACUUAUUGAGGGAGAGAUCUGUCCUGUCAUCCAGGCAGCUUUUUCAGGCAAAUAAAAAUCAUUUUGGGGCACAGCUUUCUGUGACUUAAGAGACCCAGAAAUAUUAUUUUGAAUUUUAAAAUGUGUUCGCUCCUUGACUGUUCUAGUGAGAUACCCAAAGACUAUUUCAUGCACAUUUCCACAAAACCUGUCACCAUUCAACAAUUCAAAAAUUAGGCCAGUUCUGCUGGAAAUUCUCUCAUGCGUUUAACCAUUGGCCAUUAAAGGUACUGCUGGAGACUAUUGGCAAAAAGUUAGGUCAAUCAUUUUAAACUUACUCUUGCAUUGUCUUCUUCCAUUCGAAAGGUUUACUGGAGACCCAAACUUUCCGUACAGUGACCAGUUUACUGUGUCUGGAGGCUUGUCAGUCAUUCAACCUUGGCACAACAAUUAAAUGAGGCCCAAGAUUCACAAUAUUUGGGCCAAAUGAUUCCAGUACAUUUCAUUCACACACGGGUUGUGCUCUGGUUGACCAACUAAUUUCUCACUCAAUUUUCUUUUAGAUUUUCUGUUAAAAUUGCAAAGUGUCAUUCUCUUAGUGUACACUUCUGUUAUGCUUAUUGACCCAAUUUGUUCUGCAAAUUGGAAUAACAUUGGCAAACACAUUGCAUCUUUAAGUGCAGGAAAGAGAUAAUAAAUAUGUGAAAAAUUUGGAAGAUAUGAUGGGAUGGAUGUUGGAUGCAUUAGAAGAUUAGGCUGCUGUCAGAUGCAGAAAUGUUUGCAGGUAUAUAGCAACAAGGUGAUUCCAUUAAGGUCUACGGAAAGGAAGAGGGCAGAGACCGCAACUUUGAAAACCAUGAUAAUGUAAAACAAAGAACUGCUGUUGCUGGAAAUCUGCAAAAAAAACCAAAUUGCUAGAGAAAUUUAGCAGGUCUGCAGCAUCUUUGGAGAGGACCAAGUCUGAAGAAGGGUCACUGGACUUGAAACAUGAACUUUGAAAAUCAUAACUGCCCUUCUGAGCUUUCCACUUGCUGUGAAAGCUGCUUCCCCACAUAAGCCACACUUUAAAUGCCUUCAGAAUCUUGCUCACCUUAUAAGACCCUCGUUAUUAUUUAUACAGGUAGUUUCUGUCUGAAUCCAAUAUAUACCUCUUUCAGCAUCAUUAUUGGUAAUGGUAAAAUCAGGGAUUGGUGGGAACAAAGCAGAAAAUAGAAUAACUGCUAUUGAACUGCUCUUCUACUCCAUUUCCCUAGAGCAUGAAAAGUUAAACUAAUUCCUUCCCAACACUACAAGCUUCAUAUGGCAAAAUAUUUUACACUGUACUUGUAUUCAUAUGUAAUAAUUUAUGUAGCACAAUACACAUAAUAGAGUCUGUGGGACAGAGGCCAAAGCCUUGUUCUCCAGUGGGAUGGGAUUUGGUGGAGGUGACAAAUGUUGAAUUCUUAUACACUCAAACUUCGCUGUUUGGUUUCUAUGGAGAAUAUCCCUGUAGAGGACGUCUUCUACUGCCUGAUCAAGCUCUCAAACAUUAUUCCUGUAACACCCCUAUGACUUACAAAUAUAUCUAGGCCACACUAGUUACUUCUUACUCAGGAGAUACAUCCCUUUCUUCAUGAGUAACGUUACUUACUAUUAUCCUGACCAUAAGAUUGUGGAUGAGAAAAGCAAGUUUGUGAAAUAUAAGCAUUUAGUUUCAGUGGUAGGGUAAAGCAAUUUGAAGGAUUGUAUCACAAAGUACUGGUAUUUUGAGCAACACAAAUGAUUUUGGAAACAUAAAGUGUAGUGGACAUAGGAUUGUUUAAGUCUGGUCACAAUGGAUGUGUGUCUGUGUACUUCUGUGGUUCAUGUAAUACAAUAUCUACUAAUAACUGACCUGAAAUAAUUCAGCUUAAGCUUAUAACUCACCAAAAUUAUUUGAGUUAGAGAGGGUAUUAAAUUCAUAUUCCACUAGAUGGUGUAUUGAAAAGCCGUUUAUUCUUUAUGUUUAUUUCCUUUUUGGCGCACACAAUUUUGUGUUGUCAUAGUAUUAAAAAUUGCAGAAUUAGCCUUUCUCAUCACAACAUUUAAAAAGAACCAAGUAAAUGUCCACAUCUUUCCAACUCUCUUGGCUCCCAAUACCUCCAUACCACACCUCACCAUAUCUUGCAUCCACUACCAAAGUAAUCCAAUCAGUUAUAAUUAAUGAAGGUGGUUUAAAAGAAAACUUAAAUCUGUCAGUGUUUUUUGGCAUUUUCCUUGACUGAAUUAUUCAUUACAAUGUUCGUGCAUUGGCAUGCUGGUUUCUGUUUACCACAGUUGCCUUUAUGCUUUUUUCCAGUUAUUUUUGUAAUUAGUGAACCUUUUAGUUUGCUUGCAUUUCGUAGAAUUCCAAUACGUUCAAAUUAUGUGUUGAACUUUAUUGUAACUAUUACACUUAAAUCAGAAAUACAAGGCAAUAGGUACAUUUGCAAUUUAGAAUAUUUUUAUCUGAGCACGUAUUAAAUAGACACACCACUAAUGCGGAAUUCAAGAAAAAGUUUGUUUUGUACUCAGAUGUCACCAUUUAGCAUACUUAUCAUUGCAUGUCGGAAUAUUUGGACAUUCAUUAGCUGCUGCUUUUAUAGUGUGUAAACUUUGUUUGUGAUUUACGCAGAAAGGAAAUUUAUGUCCCUCAGAGUCCCAUCUUAUGUAUGUAAGUAUUUCCAUACACUGUAUCUAGUGAAAUACUAAACAAUUUUGUGGACUUUCAUUAAGUUUAUAAACAUUAGCAAUAUAUAUUUAAAAUAUUCAUGCACUGUAUUUAUGUCUUAUGUUUAAUGCUAUUUAAAGUGAAAGCACAGAUAGUGAUUGUUACUGUAAAAAUGUGGACCAUUCAUUGCCGUUUAACAUUAAACUCAUUCAGAAAUAGUUUUUGAAAAUUUGCAGGAAAUUUUUCAACUUGAGUUAAUUCAUGAAGUUUGCACAGCUCUUGACUUCCAGUUUUCUCAAGAGUCAAGUUAAUUCUGCUACUGCAUUUGCAUUAGUGCACAUUAAAACAACAUCUCAUCAGAAAUGUAGUGGUAAAUCAAAGGCCAGGCUGCUGAUAUUUAUAGGAUUCUAAACAGAAAUGCAAGUCAAUAAGUACAUUUACAACUUAUGAUUUUGUUUUAAAAAGUAUAACACAAAUUAAACAUUGUUUUUGAAAUUUCCACAAGAAUGUGUUUUGUAAUCUGAAAUGUGAAUUCCUUUCACACUCUUAGCAACAUGCCAUGAAUUCUAAAGGCACAUUCUUAUUAUGUAAAAUGUAUUCCAUAUGAUAGCACUGAAGAGGAAAUUUAAUUUGAAGAAGACCUUAAAAAAAAACCACCAGAUUUUAAUUACAUUGUACUGAAGAUAAACCAAAAAUUUUGUUUGUGGCAAAUGAUGCAGAAGAUCAAAAUAUCUUUACACAUGGCUGUUCUGCAGAAUUUUGUUGUGAAUAAAGCUGUUAACACUGUGAUGACUUUUAACUUUUGUAUCUUUUUAUUUCUAACAAGUAAAAUUAUGGGUGUAUAAAUGGACUGCGCAUAAUUUUGGAAUAAAAAAGAACAUUCGUAAUGUG